AUGGAGACUAAUAUGGGUGAUGCCGAAAAAGAAAAUCUACAACAACUAUUUGAAGAUGAAGAAAAAACAUUAUAUACCGGUUCUAAAUUUACGAAACUUGAUGCUGUGUUGAAGUUGUUGAACUUGAAAUCGAAAAACGGAUGGAGCGAUAAAAGUUUUACAAAUUUAUUAGUGCUUUUGCAUGACAUGCUUCCGGAAGAUAAUGAAUUACCAGUUUCGACAUACCAAGCAAAAAAGUUGAUGUGUCCGAUGGGAUUGGAGGUUGAAAGAAUACAUGCAUGUCCAAAUAAUUGUAUAUUGUAUAGAAAUCAGUAUGCAAAUGAACAUAAAUGUGUUAAGUGUGGUGCAUCCAGGCAUGUGGCGGAUUCACCUCAGUGGAGAACCAUUGAUAACAAGUAUCCUGAAUUCGGGAAGGAGAUGAGAAACAUACGGUUUGGGCUUAGUUCAGACGGGAUGAAUCCUUUCGGGAACAUGAGCAGUCGUCGUAGUACGUGGCCGGUUCUUUUAUGCAUCUACAAUCUUCCACCGUUGUUAUGCAUGAAACGGAAAUACAUUAUGAUGUCGUUGUUGAUUCAAGGUCCUAGACAGCCUGGUAAUGAUAUUGAUGUGUAUUUGUCUCCUUUAAUUGAUGACUUAAAAACUCUUUGGGAUUCGGGUGUAGAAGUAUAUGAUGCCUAUAAGAAAGAACACUUUCAAUUGCAUGCCAUGAUUUUCUGUACAAUAAAUGAUUUUCCAGCAUAUGGCAACUUGUCAGGAUAUAGUACGAAGGGUAAGAAAGCUUGUCCUGUUUGUGAAGAUGAAACAAGCUCAAUAUGGUUAAAAAAUUGCAAUAAAACUGUAUACAUGGGGCAUCGACGAUUCCUUCCGAAGGGUCAUAGUUUUAGGAAGAAAAAAGAGGAGUUUAACGGAGAGAUCGAGACCGGAACGAUGAGGACGCGGUUUGAUGCAUUUGCACGAGUUGAAAAUCUAAAUACUGUGUUGGGAAAAAGAUCUCGUGAUAAGAGUGAAAUCAAUUGGAAAAGAAAAUCAAUCUUUUGGGAUUUACCUUACUGGAGAGAUUUAAAUGUUAGGCAUUGUCUAGAUGUUAUGCACAUAGAAAAAAAUGUAUGUGAUAGCUUGAUAGGCUUAUUAUUAAAUAUUCCGGGUAAAACUAAAGACGGGAUUAAUGUCCGAAAAGACAUGGUACUUUUGAAUAUACGUAAAGAUCUUGCCCCAGAACAAAGAGGCGACCGUAUUUAUCUGCCACCUGCUUGUUAUAACACAACAAAAGAAGAAAAGAGGCAGUUCUGUCAAUGUUUACAUGAUAUUAAGGUUCCAUCAACUUAUUCUUCAAACACUAAAAGAUUGGUGUCGAUGAAAGAUUGUAAAUUGCUUGGAAUGAAGUCUCAUGAUUGUCAUGUUUUGAUGACACAUAUGACUCCUAUCGCGAUUCGUGGAUUGCUACCUGAUAACGUCCGACAUACGAUCACAAAACUUUGUUUGUUUUUUAACAACAUUCACUCAAAGGUUAUUGACAAAGAAGACUUGGAUAAAUGGCAAAAAGAUAUUUAUGUUACCCUUUGUGAACUAGAGAUAGAUUAA